AUGGCGGAAAGAGAGCCAUCCAGACCACGGGCUCAGUCCGAAGCAACUAGAGUCCGAGAUGAGGAGCGAACGCAAGCACGCCCAUCGCCAACACGCAGCGCCGGGGGUCGACGGGCAUCCGGUCUGGCGACGGAAGCCUCUCGAGGGUCAGGCCUUCGUCAUCGCAGCACAGCACUCUCACGACAAAGUCGUAGCAACCGUGUCCCGAGCCUGACGUCUCGAACGACCCUUGCACAACGCACUGGCGGCAACUUCACUUUUGCUGGACCGGAGGAUACGUCUCAGCUACGGACAGCCCAUGAACCGUUUGUGCAUCCCGGAUACAGCGAUCUCAACCCUGAGUAUGAGCAGCCUACGAACACGAAGCCCGUGUGGAGUUUGGCGAAGCCUCUGCCUCGUGUUGUGAGGCCGGGGAUGGUCCCGACGAAGGAGGAGAUUCUGCAGAGUCGUGUGAAUGAGCGCCCGCCGCUGCCGGCGGAGAAUUCUCAGAAGCAGGGCCUUGAUGUUGACCCCAACGAGCUGGAGGCUGGGCGGAUCGAGAAAGCUGAUCCGAGGAAGAUGGCCGCCGAGGUGGACGAUGCGCGGAUGCAGCGAGAGAACAAUUUCGUGAACAAGAUCCUAACUGGUGAAGCCGGCACGUCGAGGCUAUCCCGUACAACGUCUGAUGCGAGGAGACGGCCUUCCGGCGUGCAACUCGAACGACUCCCAUCAGAACAACUCUCUGCCGUCCCAGAAGGUGAGGGCCACUCCAGCCGUGACUCGCACUCCGACGAGACAGGUCAUGACCUAAGUGAUGAACCCCUCCAGGACAUCCACAUCCCAGAGGAACCCGCUUCACCAGACCUCACUCCCAACCAACUCGACAUCGAUGAAGCCGCGUACCCUGAGGACCUGCACCCGCUCAUCCAAGACCUCGUCGAAGACGAAGUCUACAACAACCACACCGUCUGGAGCGUCAUCCGCACGCACCACCGCGAAGCCCUCGCCGAGUCGCUCGCCGUCUUUAUACAGCUUACCGUCGGUCUCGCUGCAGAUCUCAGCGUGACGCUCGGCGGGACUACAAACCCCAACACCACAGCCUGGGCCUGGGGCUUCGCGGCGAUGAUGGCGAUCUAUAUUUCUGGUGGUGUGUCCGGUGCACACCUCAACCCCACAAUCACCUGCAUGCUCUGGUUCUACCGCGGGUUCCCGAAAAGCAAGAUGCCGGAAUACUUCGCGGCGCAGUUCAUCGGCGCCUUUGUAGCUGCGCUGGCGGUGUACGGCCUGUACCACGACUCUAUCAACGAGUAUCUCAGCAUCAGCACAAACAGCACGACAAACGUCAUCAACUCCUUCAUCACCUCCCAGCGCAACACCUGGAUCAACCCGCAAACCGCCUUCUUCAACGAGUUCCUCGGCACCGUCGUCCUCACCGUAACCGUCCUCGCGCUCGGUGACGACCAGAACGCGCCGCCAGGAGCCGGCAUGAACGCCCUCGUCGUCGGCCUGAUGGUCUACACGCUCAGCAUCACGUUCUCGUACCAAACCGGCGCAUCGCUCAACCCGAGCCGCGACUUUGGUCCGCGUCUUGCGUUGCUGGCGCUUGGGUACGGAGGCGACCUCUUCCUCAACCCGUAUUGGUUCUACGGCCCGUGGGCUGGAAGCUUCUGUGGUGCGUUCAUCGGCGCUUUCCUGUAUGACUUUAUGAUCUUCACUGGUGGUGAGAGUCCGGUGAAUUAUCCGUGGGAGCGGACCGAGAGGGCGAUGCGGAGGAGCAAGGAGAAGUGGGGGAGGAGGCUGAGGCAGGGGUUCAGGAGGCAGAGGAAGGGUGAGAGGGAGGCGGAGAAGGUUGUUGGCUAG